CGCGUGCCCUGUCUCAUGUAUGAGUGCGCUGUCAAGGGGAGUUGCGUCAAGCUGACAUUAAUAUAAGAAAACUUGUUAAAAGCUUAUUGAUAUAAAAGGGAACACUUGUCUUUUGAAUUUGUAGUCGAACAUUUUUAUUUGGUAGACAUUCUUUUGUUGUUACUUGGCAGACUUCACGAAGACUAUUAAUGAAAGAAUGGCGGCUUAGUGCCAAUGUUCUGUUUACACUUAAAUUCAAUGGAAACAUGAGCUUUACUCUUUGCUAUCAUCUUGCGCGAAUUUAUAAUGUAUUCUCGUGUUGCUGGUGAGGAAGGAAAAUCGUCAAUUAUGUAUGAUUCCAGUCCGAAUAGUUACCAUGGAAUGGCUCAUUUAGGUACUUGUUGCAGUGGAACAGGAACUAUUCAUUUAGCGUUACAUAAACCAACUGAUACAAUGGUGGUCGUUAAGAAAUUCUAUAUAGAUGACAGGACACCAGAAGAUUAUAAUCUCGUUGAACGGGAAAUAAUUGUAACGCGACAGUUACAGCAUCCCAAUGUUCUGCCAUAUUUAGCAACAUUCGUAUCAGGUCAUAGUGUAUGUGUUGUAUCACCUCCAAUGGGAUUCGGUUCUUGUCAGGAUUUGAUCGAAGAACACUUUCCAGUCGGUCUUCCAGAAGUAGCUGUAGCAUUCAUUCUAAAAGAUGUAUUACAAGGAUUGGAAUAUAUUCACAAGCGAGGAUUUGUUCAUAGGGCUAUUAAAGCCAGUCAUAUUUUGAUAUCCUCGAUGGGACAAGCUUGUCUAUCAGGAAUGCGAUAUGCUUGUGAGAUAGUAAAAAAUGGUCGCUGGCAAAAGAAUAUCUAUUGCUUUCCUAGCUCUACUGCCAAUAACUUGAAAUGGCUUAGUCCAGAGUUGCUACUGCAGGAUUUACAUGGGUAUAACGAGAAAUCUGAUAUCUACAGUCUAGGUAUAACCAUCUGCGAACUUGCAAAUGGUGUAGCCCCAUUUACUGGCGUGCCAGCGACUUUAAUGCUAACUGAAAAAGUACGCGGUCGUGCCCCUCACAUAAUCGACUGUAAAUUACCGAAGCACGCGGAGCACGAGAACACAAACGACGGUGACGCAGGUAGCAGUAACAGUACCCUGGCAGCCAUAGGAGAGAGUAUACUGGAACAUUUUUCAUCGCGCAAAUUUUCUGAAUCUUUUCACUCCAUUACCGUCCAAUGUCUUCACCGUGAUCCGUCAAAUAGACCAUCAACUAGUCAACUAUCAAGUCAUCCUUUCUUUAAACAAUGUAGAAAGAGCGACGAAACCGUUGUGGACAUAUUCAAAUCCGUACCAAAAAUAGGUCGUAGAGACGUCGAUUCUGCCGGAGACUACGGAGUGGCCAUGUCUGCUGAACAAUUGGCGAAUCUGGAUCUGCAAAGCUGCCACUGGGACUUCUAAAAUUCCUACAAAGUUAGAACAUGUUGGUGUACAACCAAUUUUUUUUAUUUUUAUUAUUACCUGUACAAUUAUUGUCUCAAACUUAAUACAAAUAUCAUAUGGUAAGCAUUGCCAGAGAUCCGUCAUGAAAACCACA